CAGACUCAUACUGACUCUCUCAUACACACUCUGAGUCACACACACUGCAGCAGAGCGCUCUCUCUCCCUCUCUUUCUAUGUCUGUGCUCGUCCCGCCUUCUUGAGAGCAGAAAACACUUGGGUCUCCAUCGUACGGGACCGGCUGCUGCUUCCUUUGAAGCUCCAUCUCUCUUCUUACUCUCUACCAAUCAUUCUUUCUCUUUCUUUUCUCUCUCGCUCUCUCUCUGCUUAUCCUGCUGCUCUCUCUACCUCACCGCUGAGAACAGGGUUGUGUAUUGUCGGGGUUGAGGGGGUUUGUGUUGUUCAGCUAGAGGAGGGAACAUGCAGCAUCCUGGAGGAACAUGUGUGACGUUACCCACCGUGGACGCCUGUCCUCAGCUGUCUGGUGCUGCCCUCACCUUCAUGUAUUUACAGCAGAAAAAAGGAUUUUGCUACACAAACAGAGAGAGUGCACACAGAGAGGAGGAGUUAGAGAACUACAGCAGGUGGUGUCCUACGGUCAUGGAAGAAAAGAAAAGACCAUCCUGCUCAUCUUGAGGGUAACCAGGACACACCGGCACCCCCAGACCCAUCCAUGGCCCAGGCUUACCCAUCAGCCCAGUUUGCCUCCCCUCCCCAGAACAGCAUUCCAGCUGAGUUCACAGCUUCACACCACCAUCCACAUCCACACUCCCACUCACAUCCACACCAGCACCCAACAGCACCACAGGAUUACACCGGGGUCCAGGCCUCCGUCAGUGAGCAUCCACUCAACAUGUACCACUCCUCACAGAGCCACAGUGAGCAGAGUGGGUCAGACUCCGGCAGUCAGACAGUCACCGGCACAGCCACACAGACAGAUGAUGUUGCCCAGACAGACAGUCAACCACCAACACAGACUGUACUUGAAAGCACAGACAGCAAGGCCCAACCCAAGAGACUUCAUGUCUCCAACAUCCCCUUCAGGUUUAGAGACCUAGACCUCAGGCAAAUGUUCGGUCAAUUUGGCAAAAUCUUAGAUGUGGAAAUCAUCUUCAACGAGCGUGGCUCUAAGGGUUUUGGGUUCGUAACGUUCGAGCACAGCAUGGACGCCGACAGGGCCAGAGGGAAAUUACACGGCACUGUGGUAGAAGGCCGUAAAAUAGAGGUCAACAAUGCAACAGCCCGAGUAAUGACAAAUAAGAAGACUGUCAACCCAUAUGCAAAUGGCUGGAAGUUCAAUCCAGUGGUCAGCGCUGUCUACAGCCCAGAAAUCUAUGCAGUACCAGGUUUUCCAUACCCUGCUGCCAGUGCAGCAGCAGCAUACAGAGGAGCCCACCUACGAGGUCGAGGACGGACCAUGUACAACACAUUUAGGGCGGCUGCUCCGCCUCCCCACAUUCCAGCUUAUGGAGGUGUUGUUUACCAGGAUGGAUUUUAUGGUGCAGAUAUUUAUGGUGGUUACGCUGCCUACAGAUAUGCCCAGCCUACUGCUGCCACAGCUGCUGCAUACAGUGACAGUUACGGACGAGUAUAUGCUGCCGACCCCUACAACCACACGCUCACUCCAGCAGCCACAUACAGCGUUGGUGCCAUGAAUGCGUUCGCCCCACUGACAGAUGCCAAAACGCGGAGCCAUGCCGAUGAUGUGGAGCUAGUGUUGUCCUCUCUCCAGGCUAGCAUAUACCGGGGAGGCUACAGCCGCUUCGCACCCUAUUAGCAACACCUCCAACCUUCCAACAGGACAGAAAGAAAGUGUGUGUGUGUGUGUGUGCGGGCGAGUGUGUGAGCGAAUGAGAAAGACAGAGAGAACGACUUAUCAGAGGAGAGAUGUUACUGAGGCCUGGGUAUUGAAAUACAUGCAGUUUGUGCAUAAUUUCAACAUCUCCUAAGAGAGAAGUACAAAAAAAGUAGAAGAAUAAAAUGACAGCUGAUAUUUUUCAUCUUAUACCUCAAAUAUUUUGUGCUGUGUAUUUUGAUAUUGUGGGUUUUUAAUUUCUAAAUUUAAAUGUAAAUUUAAAUGUAAUGAAAAUGUAAUUUCUAAAGAUUUAAACAUAAUAUCAGCUGUAGAGGGUUUUCCAUGGUAAUAAUAGAGAGCUGCUAGAGUAAUAAUUAGGACACAAAGAAAAUAUUUAUCAGAUUCAAAUUGUUAGGGCUUGUAUAGAACUCUAACCCUGUAAGAUAGGUCAUAGUCACACUGGGGUUUUUAUGUUUUGUAAGUGAGUGUUAAAGUGACUAUGCUAGUCAAGUGUUGUUGUUUUACUUCUCUCAGCUUCAUUUGGCACUUCCUCUGUCAGUUUAGCAAUGAUAGUUUUUUUACCUUUGGUUUUGGGAGGAAGUAAAGAAGCCUUGGAAAACAUGGACAUAGACAAAAAGUUAUUCUCUGAACUUUUGAGGGCAGGGUGGGUAUGUUAAAGAAGCUGAGAGCAGCCAUGAUUGCUCUUGUUUACAUCCAUCACAGUGAGAUGUCAACUUUUUUUAAAUCUUGUUACUUUGAGAACUUGUUGUGACUGCAACUUUACUAUCACAUGCUCAUAAUUAUUUUGCCAAACCAAGAUAACAAUUCUUCUCCAAGACAAGAUCCUAUGUAGCGUCUGCAUAAUAAUGAAAACUGCAUGUAUUGUAUCCCAUUUCAUUGGGUACAACAUAAGGUUUUCUUGUUUUUGUUUUGUAACAUACAACAUUGCAUUGCAUUAACAAAGAAAGAAUAAGUUGUAAGUUGACUUUUAUCUCAUAAUUACAAAAUCCGAUCAUUGUUUCAAACAUAUGUAUUAAUCACCAAAUAUUCAGUAUCAAUGGACAUUGUUUUUUUGGGUCAAAUCAGAUUGGCCCAUCGUGCAUGUUGUUGAGCCUGAAAAUAGAUGUUGAAAAUUUGGCUAUGGUUAGUAUGUCUGAUUUGGUCUAAAUGUAGGACCACAUAUUUUACACAAAAUGUAGCCUUACGUAAUGAGCUGUAUUUAUAUUUUGAUGUAAACUUAUAUUAUGUUUACAUAAUGCCCAAAGUAGCCUUUUUCUGAUCAUGUUAAAGUUCUACAUGUUUAGGCAGCUUGUGUGCUGAUUAAUGCCCCCUGUCAGUCACUUGCAUUCUGUCCAUUCAGUCUUUCCCCCUCAACUUGCGUUGGUUCAACUUGAGUCAAAGCUGGCUGAGAGCUGACACUGUAGUAAUGAUAACUACAUGGUAAAUGGUUAAUGGACUGUACUUGUAUAGUGCCAUUCUAGUCUUAUAGACACAUACAUUAUGGCUCUCACUUUUGCAGUGUUUGCUGUCAACAACUGGCAGCAAGUAAACUUGGAUCCAAGCUGUUUCUAUAGCAGUCCGAUGAGACAGCUAAUCGCAAAUAGUGUUUUGACUGAUUGCUUAAUGCUGAUGUAGCAUCUGAUCUAAUGAUUUGUGUAUAAGUUAAUGGUGAUAGACAGAUAUCUCUUUAACAGCUCACUGCACAAAUAUUAAACUCAAUGACAAAACAUAGCCAUUAACAUUAAGCAAAAACUCCAUGUGCCCCUUCUUAACUGACCCAAUUACCACAACAAUCUACAACAUCAGUUCUUAUGGCUACAUUGAUUAGAUAGGCUAACAAUAAUUACUCAUAAUUACAAGGUUUCAUCUCGUAAUUAUAAGAUGCUCAUCAUAGUCAUAACUACAAGGUGAGGUCUCCAAUUUUUUUUCCUUUGGUGAUUGCAAUGCAUUUUCAUAAAAACGAUUCUUUGUUGUUGUAACAAGAUGUUUCUCUAGUUAUUAUGACAAAUUGUUUCCCUACUAAUGGCAUGUCUGCUCUUUCAUAGGUUAUAUUGAGAUAACAAGGUAAUUAAGUCAUGAUCUCUAGAUAAAAUAACAAGACUACAAAUAUUAGCAAUCACAGCUGCUCUCAGUGUAGUUUAGUUUUCUUUUUAGGGAGAGAAUGGUGUCAGUCAGCACAUUAUUCAGGCUGUAGAGUUAUUGACUAAAUAAUGUCAUUAUAUCUUACAUAACUUCAAGCCAAAGGUUCUGGUGGACAUAUCUGGUGUGUUUAUGUGUGUAGUCAAGAUUCUACAUAGAUUAUGAGAUAAGAAAAAAAAAGGAUUGCCAUGGCAACUAAACUGUUCAACAAUUUAAUUGCUUUGUCUACAUGCUGUGAUAUGAAAAAGAAUUAGGGCCACAUGAAUAAAAAAAAUGAUUUGAUACGAUAAAUUAGAUUAAUUGUAGUCUUCAAAUAUUAAAUGUUUUGUGGCACUAAUUCUCUUCCAUAUUGAGUAGUGUUGGCCAUCCAGACAUAGAUGUUUUUGUAUAAACUUCCAAUAUAUUCAUUGGUAUAACUGAUGACUUUUAUAUUACAGGAGAGAAAACAUAUACAGUGGACAAAGCCACUGUGUCUAUUUUGUCUUUUUGUUAAUUUUGUUUUGCCUUGUUUUUUCUUUUAUAAUGAAAAUUUAAGGGGGGUAACGUAUAAUAAUGCAACAAUGUAUUAUAUUUGAACUGUGUAGUGAAGAUGUUCUCUUAUAUGAAACACACAAUGGUAUAAUGUUUUAGAUUUAGACAAGUAUAUCAGUUGUUAGGGCAAGCUAUCUCAUUUUCUAUCAAAUCAUAUUCUGAUUUUUAUUAUCUCUCUCUCAAAUCAUGUAAUAACAAUGUAGAUAUUCUUCAUUUUUUUUGGUCAGCUAUACCAUUUUGCACAUGCAACUUGUAACUUUCACAUAAACCUAGACAUAUCAGUGCUGUAGUUUUUAGGACUUUUUUAAUCAGUUCUGUAUUUUCUGAUUCUUUCUCUUUCCUCUCAUGUCAUUCUUAAUGUGACAUUCUUUCUGUUAUUUUCUAGAACUGAACCUUUACUCUUUGAAAAUUAACUGUUUGAAUAUUACAAUACUACGUAAAUAUGAGAAACAAAUGAUUUGUGAACAGGCUAAUCUAUUAUGUAAAUAGAAGUUAAUGGAAUACAUCUGUAGUGUAUUUGAAAGCGCUACAUGGGCAGCAGGAGUUCUGCUAUGGCUGCAUUGCAAGCCAGCCUACAGGCCGCUUCCUGUGCCACGUUCUGUUUACAACUAUUCCCAAUUAGUGGUGUUGUUACAUAUCUCCCUUUUUGAUAAGAAAAACUCUCAGAUGCAUCACAUUAUAAAAAAGGCAGCAGUAAGAUCCUGGCUCCUUUGGUUCAAACCUUCGUCUGUGUGCUGUGUGUGAGGACCGUCGAUCAGAAACUGGACGACUCAUAGUCCUCACCAUGCUGAAUGUCGGACCCCGCAUCUACUUUAUACAAGCUCUGCUUCCAGUAGGUGUUGUGGUUCAAAACAAGGCUUCCUAUCCAGUCAUUGUAUGUGCAUGUACUAUGGUUCUUCCACUAAUCAGUAACCAUCAAUAAAGUUUUGUUUUCUCAA